GGUCCGAUUGCUAUUGUCCAUCAAGGCGAACUAGAGAACGUCACCGAUCUCCAACCUGGCUCUGACAGCUUCGAGUACUUCUUCAAGAUUCAGUGCAGUAGCUGCCACGAGGUACAUUCAAAACUCGUCAGUCUAAAUCGAAAAACAAUUCUCGAUAUGCCCACGACCAAGUCAACCAAGACUAAUUUUUAUGGCGCUGUGAUUUUUGUAACGCCAAUCCUCCGCGACAUUCGAUACCGCAUUCGGCGUCAAGCCAUAUGCAGCCUCGAGGAUGGGGGUGAGGGUGGGAACCCUUAUUGAUUCUCGAUUGUAGGGGUCUAGAGUUUAUAGAUUUCGAUCCAACGGGGACGUGGAGAUGCAAUGGAAUUGAUUCCGGGACGGAGUUCGAGGUAGAUAUAGGCGAAGAGGAAUGGACAGAUUACGAUGAAAAGGUGAGGAGCUUGAAUCUAUCUC